UUCUUUCUUUCUUUCUUUCUUUCUUUCUCCCAACCACUGUCCCCCUCCUCGUCUUUCUGCUCGUCCCCUCUGGCUGCCCCUGGCCGCUGGCGAGGCAGGUCCCUCACGCCGGCGGUGGUGCCCCCACCGCGGCUCUCCUGGACUUGGGAUGCGGGGGUCCCCGGCGGCGUCGGGGCUGGGGGGCUGCUGGUGCCCGCAGGAGGUGGCUUGGAGGAGGACAGCGUUCAGCUGGAGAGCAGGAGCCAUUACACACGCUUGUGCUCUCCUUUGAGAGAAAAGAGAGCGAGAAGGGAAGAAAGGAAGGGGAAGGAGCCCACUUCUACUUGCUCAGUUCCCCGAUGUCCCUACCUUUAAACCAGGCAAGGGAAGAAGGCGCUUUCUCCCCUGCCCCUUUCUCAACCCACCCGGAGCAGGUCUCUCCCUAUCUCUCCCCCUCUUUCCCUUUCUUUAUCUCCCUGUCCUCCAUUUGCAAGCUGUCUGCUUUGGUUCCAGUCCAGGCUCCACAACACAAAGCUUCUCCUCGCUCUCGCACACAUGCACACACACAGUCCACAGGCUCUUUAUGUCUUCUGGAGUAACCUUCUCCUUCCCCCCCCGUGCCCCCCGGCUCCUCUCAGCAUUGUGGUUUCUAUUCUCCACACAGAGAGAUCCUCCUGGAGCUUCAUGUAGUUGUGAUCUGAUAGGAUUCCUCCCCCCCUUCCCUUCACCUCCCUCUUUCUGGGGGAGAAAGGGGGAAAAGUUUCAUUUGUUUUUCUGGUGUUUGGAAGGGGAAAGACCUCCAAGUUUUGAGUGCUUUCUGCUCCUGCUUUUGUGUGUGCGUCUGUGGGGGUCUGUUUGUCUCAUGAAGCUGCUUGCAUGUCUAAGAGGAAGUGACUAGUUUGGCAGAGAGCUGUGAUCUGAGUCAGAUUUUUCUAAUGUAAAAGAUCAUCCUGAACCAUGGAGGUCCUGCAGUGUGAUGGCUGCGAUUUUCGAGCUCCAUCUUACGAAGACCUAAAAGCUCACAUUCAGGAUGUUCACACUGCUUUUCUGCAGCCAACUGAUGUGUCUGAGGAGAGUCCUAACCAGCCACGGUCUGGUUCCAUCAAUGCUAGCAACCAGACUGAAGUUGAAUUUUCUUCUGUAAAGGAUGAAUUCGCAAUUGCAGAUGACAUAGCAGGGCAAAAUGCAACAAGUCAGAUGGGGACUGGAAGUUACUAUAGCCAGAGCCAGACUUUCUAUGGCCAACAUAUGGCUCCAAAUCCUAAACCAACCAGCAAGUUUUUCCAGUGCAAGUUCUGUGUGCGUUACUUCCGUUCCAAAAACCUCCUCAUAGAGCACACACGGAAGGUUCAUGGAGCACAGGCUGGGGGGAGCUCAGUGGGGCCACCAGCUUCUAGUUCCCUAAAUUACAACAUCAUGAUGCAUGAAGGGUUUGGUAAAGUUUUCAGUUGCCAGUUCUGCACCUACAAGUCACCCAGGCGUGCAAGGAUUAUUAAGCACCAGAAAAUGUAUCACAAAAACAACCUGAAAGAGAGUUCAGCUCCUUCUGCUGCUGCUGCUGCUGCUGCUGCUGUGUCUGAAUCAACGUCUGCUUCUGUGCCAGUGCAGGAACCCUGCAAGGAGCUGCCGGCAGAGGUGGUGGAGCGGAGCAUUUUGGAGUCGAUGGUCAAGCCCCUGACCAAGUCUAGGGGAAACUUUUGCUGUGAAUGGUGCAGCUACCAGACACCUCGGAGGGAGCGCUGGUGUGACCACAUGAUGAAGAAGCACCGCAGCAUGGUGAAAAUCCUGUCGAGCCUGAGGCAGCAGCAGGACGGAACCAGCGCACCCGAGGUGCAGAGUAAGAGUGCUCAGAGUGCCUCUCCAAACUCGAAUUACAUGUCCAUGAACACAACAGGACGUGAGAUGUCGAGUGCUAAUGUCUCAAACUUCAGGGGAUCUAUGGGCAAUUCACUUAUCAGGCCCAACUCUUCUACAUCUUCAAAGUUUUCUUCUGUGUCUUACCCUCAAAUGAAGCCUAAGUCACCUCACAACUCGGGCAUGGUUAAUUUGUCUGACAGAUCCCGCUAUGGAAUUGCUGAUAUGACGAAUUCUUCUGCUGACCUGGAAACAAGCAGUAUGCUAAAUGACUCCAGCUCAGAUGAAGAGCUAAAUGAAAUGGACAGCGAGAAUGGCUUAAACUCCAUGGAUCACCAGACCUCAGGAAUGUCUGCAGAGCAGCUGAUGGGAUCUGAUGGCAACAAACUAUUGGAAACAAAGGGAAUUCCCUUCAGAAGAUACAUGAACAGGUUCCAGUGUCCUUUCUGCCCUUUCCUGACGAUGCACCGCCGAAGUAUUUCCCGUCACAUCGAGAACAUCCACCUGUCUGGGAAGACAGCUGUGUACAAGUGUGACGAGUGCCCCUUCACCUGCAAGAGUUCUCUGAAGCUCGGUGCCCACAAGCAGUGUCACACAGGAACAACAUCCGACUGGGACACCAUGAACUCCCAGGCUGAGAGCAUUGCCUCGUCCCUGAACGACAGCACGGUGUCUUACGAGAGUGGGAAUAUCAAUGGCAGGAAGUCAGCUGGGAUGAUGGAACCUGUGCAGCCGCAGCCGCAGCAGCAGCAACCGCAACAGCAGCAGCAACAGCAGCAGCAGCAGCAGCAGCAGCAGCAGCAAUCACCCCAGCCCCAUUCACAGCAUCCUUACAAGUGCACGUUGUGCAACUAUUCCACCACCACUUUGAAAGGCCUCAGAGUUCAUCAGCAGCACAAGCAUUCAUUCUGUGACAACUUGCCAAAAUACGAUGGGCCGCCAUCAAACACACCGCAGGAGAGCGAGGCAGAUGCUCACCCCUCUGCCAGCACCGUGAAGAAGAGCCAGACCUCCAUCCUUGGGCUCUCAUCUAAAAAUAACUUCGUUGCAAAAGCCCCUAGGAAGGUCUCAAAUGACUUCCCUUUAGAUCUCUCUCCCGUGAAAAAGAGAACUAGAAUUGAUGAAAUAGCGAGCAACCUGCAGAGCAAGAUCAGCCAAAACAAACAGCAGGAGGAUGCUGUGAUUAAUGUAGAGGAUGAUGAGGAAGAGGAAGAGGACAAUGAGGUGGAGAUAGAGGUGGAGUUAGACAGAGAAGAAGAGCAAACAGAACCAAUGAUAGAGGUUUCCAGUUCUUACGCACCCCAGCAAAUGUGGGGCAGAGAGGCUAAUGAUUCCCAGAAGGAGGCGAGCUUCAGGAGCAUGCAGCACGACUACAAUUCCACCAACGGGGCGGAGAUUGAGCUCACUUUGUCUGAGGAUGAGGAGGACUACUACUCCGCUGUCAGCAUGAAGGACCAUCAGAGCCCUAAUGCCUCUGUUCUGGGCAGCCAGUCCAACAUGUACGGUACCGACCAGAACAACGAGAAUUCGGAGUUCAGUGACUCUGGCAGGCUUUAUUAUUGUAAACACUGUGAUUUCAGCAACAAAUCUGCCAGAAGUGUUAGCACCCACUACCAGCGAAUGCAUCCCUACAUUAAAUUCAGCUUUAGGUACAUCCUGGAUCCCAAUGAUCACAGUGCAGUGUAUCGGUGUCUGGAGUGCUACAUUGACUACACGAAUUUUGAAGACCUGCAGCAGCAUUAUGGAGAGCAUCAUCCCGAAGCUAUGAAUGUACUGAACUUUGAUCAUUCCGAUCUGAUCUACCGCUGCCGCUUCUGCUCUUACACAAGCCCAAAUGUUAGAAGCCUGAUGCCACAUUACCAAAGAAUGCAUCCCACAGUGAAAAUUAACAAUGCAAUGAUAUUUUCAAGCUAUGUCGUUGAGCAGCAAGAAGGGCUGAACACAGAGUCUCAGACGCUGAGAGAGAUCUUGAAUUCUGCUCCAAAAACUAUGGCAACCUCCACCCCUGUGGCUCGCGGGACCGGUGUGCCAGCUGGUUUUAACAAAAGUGCCACCAAGAGUUUCAGUCCUGAAUGUGAAAAUCAGAAGGAACCUUCAGUCAACACUGUGGUUGUUUAUGACUGUGAUGUGUGUUCAUUUGCAAGCCCUAACAUGCAUUCAGUUUUGGUGCACUACCAGAAAAAGCACCCCGAAGAAAAGGCCUCGUAUUUCAGAAUCCAGAAGACCAUGCGUGUAGUCUCUGUUGACAGGGGCUCUGCCCUCGCUCAAAUGUCGUUUGAGCUGGGGGCUCCCAUCUCCCCAAAACUCUCCGGCUUGGCUUCCCAGCCACCUCCUCCCCCACCACCACCCCCAGAGCUCUCCACUGAGCUCUACUACUGCAAGCACUGUUCCUACAGCAACCGCUCCGUCGUGGGGGUGCUCGUCCACUACCAAAAGAGGCACCCAGAGAUCAAGGUCACAGCCAAGUACAUCAGGCAGGCCCCGCCGACCGCGGCCAUGAUGCGGGCAGGGGAGCUGCCACCUGGCAUCCAGAGGCCACCAGUGUCCAUGCAGCAGCUGGGCCGUGGCGGGUCCGAGACCUCCGUGAACCCUCCCGAGAACGAAAUGUUCUUCUGCCAGCACUGUGAUUACGGGAACCGGACCGUCAAGGGCGUGCUGAUCCACUAUCAGAAGAAGCAUCGCGACUUCAAAGCCAACGCGGAUGUGAUCCGGCAGCACACGGCCACCAUCAGGAGCCUUUGUGACCGUGGCCAGAAGAAAUCAGCUGGCAGCCUGCCCGCCCACACCUCCGGCACCGAGCGGGACAAGUCCAAGCUGAGAGCCCUCAAGUGCAGGCAAUGCAGCUACACAUCCCCUUACUUCUAUGCAUUGAGGAAGCAUAUUAAGAAAGACCACCCGAAUCUGAAGGCCACGGUGACAUCCAUUCUGAGGUGGGCGUUUCUGGAUGGCUUGAUAGAAGCUGGUUAUCACUGUGAAUGGUGCAUUUAUUCACACACAGAGCCGAGUGGCUUGCUUGUGCAUUACCAAAGGAGACAUCCUGAGCAUUAUGUUGAUUAUACCUACAUGGCAACCAAACUCUGGGCAGGUCCCGAUCCUUCCCCUCCUGCCCUGGUGAUGCCAACGGAGAUGAAGACCUAUAAGUGCAGAGACUGCAUUUUUGAAGCAUCUUCUAUUUGGGAUAUUACUAAUCACUACCAAGCAUUUCACCCCUGGGCCAUGAAUGGAGAUGAAUCUGUGUUGUUAGAUAUCAUUAAGGAGAAGGAUACUGCUGAGAAAACCAUGCCACAGCCUGAUGAAGGUGGGGUCAGGAUGGAUUCCGAAGACCAGAUAGCAGCACCACAGAUGGAUCAGGAUGCAGAGUGUGCAGAGGAUCCCAGCCUUUCCCAUGAAAAAACUGUCCAGCUGGCUUCCGCAAAUCCCGCCAUCUCCUCCACUCCAUACCAGUGUACAGUGUGCCAGUCUGAGUACAACAACCUACAUGGCCUCCUGACGCAUUAUGGCAAAAAGCAUCCUGGCAUGAAAGUGAAGGCAGCAGACUUUGCUCAGGACAUAGACAUUAACCCAGGGGCCGUGUAUAAGUGCAGACACUGCCCAUACAUUAACACACGCAUUCACGGCGUCCUCACGCACUACCAGAAGCGGCACCCGUCAGUCAAAGUCACCGCUGAGGACUUUGUGCAUGACGUGGAGCAGUCGACUGACAUUGCUCAGAACGACGUGGAAGAGACUAGCAGGAUUUUCAAGCAGGGCUAUGGUGCUUACCGGUGCAAACUCUGCCCCUACACCCACGGAACCCUUGAGAAGCUGAAAAUCCACUAUGAGAAGUACCACAAUCAACCCGAGUUUGAUGUUUUUGCCCAGUCACCACCAAAGGUGUCUGCCUCAGUGGAGCCAGACAUGGUGACUGAAAUCAAGGCCUCCCCAGAAAUUGCUGCUGAGGAUGUUGGAGAGGUCUCCAUGCCAGCGCCUCAUUUCUCCAGUUCUCACUUAGUGUCUCACACAGUUUUCCGGUGUCAGCUCUGUAAAUAUUUCUGCUCCACUCGGAAGGGGAUAGCAAGACACUACCGCAUCAAGCAUAACAACGUUCGGGCGCAGCCAGAGGGCAAGAACAACCUCUUCAAGUGUGCUCUGUGCUCCUACACCAACCCCAUCCGCAAAGGGCUUGCAGCACACUACCAGAAAAGACACGACAUCGAUGCCUACUACACUCACUGCCUGGCAGCCUCCAGGACAGUAAGCGACAAACCCAAUAAAGUGAUCAUUCCAUCUCCUCCCAAGGAUGACACUCCUCAGCUCAGCGAGGAGCUCAGGAGGGCUGUAGAGAAGAAGAAGUGCUCGCUCUGUUCCUUCCAGUCCUUCAGCAAGAAGGGCAUCGUGUCCCACUACAUGAAGCGUCACCCUGGUGUUUUCCCUAAGAAGCAGCAUGCCAGCAAGCUGGGGGGAUAUUUCACUGCUGUGUAUGCUGAUGAGCACGAAAAACCAGCUCCAGCCGAGGAGAGGAACGACUUUGAGAAGCCCGAGGUGGAGGCUGAGGCUCAGGAAAUUGAGUGGCUUCCCUUCAGGUGCAUUAAAUGUUUCAAGCUGUCCUUCAGCACAGCAGAGCUGCUGUGCAUGCAUUACACCGACCACCACAGCAAGGAUUUGAAGAGGGACUUUUCCAUACUUGGAAGUGGCACCCGCUCUCAGAGCCCUGUCUACCAGUGCAAACACUGUGAUACAAAAUUGCAUAGCACGGCAGAGCUGACUGCACACUUGAAUGGUCACAAUGAGGAAUUCCAGAAGCGUGCCAAACGUCAGGAGAGAAGGAAGCAGCUUUUGAGCAAGCAGAAAUAUGCAGAUGGUGCUUUUGCAGAUUUCAAACAAGAGAGGGCCUUUGGACACUUGGAAGAUGUUUCGAAACUGAAGGAGAGGAAGGUGGUUGGCUACAAAUGCAAAUUUUGUGUGGAAGUCCAUCCAACACUUCGAGCCAUCUGUAAUCACCUCCGCAAGCAUGUCCAGUAUGGGAAUGUCUCUUCUGUGUCAGCCACUGUAAAGCAGGAAGCUGAAGAUCCUUCAAACACAACUUUGAUGGAGGGUUUUGAGGGAGCCAAAGACCCUGGCAUGGUGGAAUUUGCAGAAGCUGAAUAUGGAGCAUCCCUGGAAGAUGAAGCCAGGCCUGGGGGCUACCACUGCAGCCAGUGUGACCGGGUUUUGAUGUCUAUGCAGGGUCUGCGAUCCCACGAGAGGAGUCACUUGGCUCUGGCCAUGUUUGCCCGGGAAGACAAGUACAGCUGCCAGUAUUGCUCCUUUGUCUCUGCUUUCAGGCACAACCUGGACCGCCACAUGCAGACCCACCACGGACACCACAAGCCGUUCCGCUGCAAGCUCUGCCCCUUCAAGUCCUCCUACAACAGCCGCCUGAAAACCCAUAUCCUCAAGGCUCACGCUGGUGAACAUGCCUACAAAUGUUCCUCCUGCUCAUUUUCCACCAUGACAAUCAGCCAGCUGAAAGAGCACUCCUUGAAAGUGCAUGGGAAAGCACUGACACUACCAAGACCCCGCAUUGUCAACCUUGCAGCCUCACACGCCCACCACACCUCCAAGAACCACACUCCUGCUGAAGAAGUGGAGGACUCUAAUGACUCUUCAUACUCGGAGCCUCCUGAUGUUCAGCAGCAGUUGAACCACUACCAGUCUGCAGCUUUGGCCAGGAACAACAACAACAUCAGCCCAAUCCCACUUUCUGGGAGUGCUGCAGGAGUGGAAAAAGCGGAAGCCAUCCUUAACUGUGAAUUUUGCGAGUUCUCUUCGGGUUACAUACAGAGCAUCCGGCGCCACUACCGCGACAAGCACGGAGGGAAAAAGCUCUUCAAGUGCAAAGAUUGUUCCUUUUAUACAGGCUUUAAAUCUGCUUUUACUAUGCACGUGGAGGCCGGGCAUUCGGCAGUCCCCGAGGAAGGACCCAAAGACCUUCGCUGCCCUCUUUGUCUCUACCACACCAAAUACAAACGCAACAUGAUUGACCACAUAGUUCUGCACAGAGAGGAGAGGGUCGUUCCCAUUGAAGUCUGCCGUUCCAAGCUGUCCAAGUACCUGCAGGGAGUCGUGUUCCGCUGUGACAAGUGUACCUUUACCUGCUCCAGUGACGAGAGCUUGCAGCAGCACAUAGAGAAGCACAAUGAACUGAAACCUUACAAAUGCCAACUCUGCUACUAUGAGACCAAACACACAGAGGAGCUGGAUGCUCACCUUCGAGAUGAGCACAAGGUGAGUCGUAAUUUUGAGCUGGUUGGACGGGUUAACUUGGACCAGUUGGAACAAAUGAAAGGGAAAACAGAGAGCUCUAGCAGUGAUGAAGAAGAAAAAGAAGAAGAGCUAAGCCCCAAAGCUCAAGAGAGAGAUCCCAUGAUGUUUCCUGACAGCAGUGCUCCAGAGAAACGCUUCCCGUGCGAGUUCUGCGGCCGAUCCUUUACCGAGGGCUCCGAGUGGGAGCGGCAUGUGCUGAGGCAUGGCAUGGCGCUGAACGAGAGCAAGCACAGGAGCGGCGAGGACAGCCAGCCCAAGGAGGACGUGGAGGAGAUGGCCAGCACGCUGCCCGAGGAGAAGGAAGGCAUCGAGACCAUGGUGGUGGACUACUCCCACGGCGGGGAACCGGCGGACAGCAUGGUGGCUGCUGACCAACCUCUCCUGGACACGGCGGAGGCCAAAAGCGAAUGAAGCGUUUGGUGUGGUUCUAAUCGACAGUACUUGAACAGUGAUGAGCGGGGCAGGGCGGGCGGGGAGGGCUGAAGGAAGAAAUAAAGCUGCUUUUAGGACUGAAUGAUCUAUUUUCAAAGCACUGGUACCUGUGUGAGUGUGUGUAUAUUAAAGUUAUUUAAGUGAUGGAAUAAGUGGCUCCAUUACAUCACUGCAUCUUUUUUUUUUGCCCCCUCCUGGAUCUGACGAUGGGAAGUUAUGUUCAUCUUGGACUAAUGAAGCAACUCCCCGUGUUUUUCCUACAUUACACAUCGUGCUUUGCAGUGGAGACUUCGAUUGUUUUAUGAGUGGAAGCGUCGUGAGCGUGGAAGAAGUGGUGGGGGGACAACUUUUUGGACGCACAAGUUUGUGUGCGUUUUUCUAGUUUUAAUACGUAACGCUUUUCCAGACUGAACGCAACUGCUUUAGAAAAGAGAGAGAAAAAAAAAAAAUCAAAAAAAAAAAAAAAAUAAAAAGUGGAAAAAAAAAAAACCACCACAGGGGAGAAAAAAAAAAAAAAAGAAAACAAACGAAAAAAAAUAAAAGAAAACAAAACAGAAACUGCUUUGCUUAAAACAGUCACCUGUUUCCUAGUACCUCAGAAUUAACCAAGGGAGAUCUCUGCAUUUGUCAGUACUACCUGUUGUUGUUGUGGUUAAAUGUAGAGAGACUGCUGGGCAAGGUGGUGAAUGGAGGAAGAAUUAAAAAAGUUUUAAAGAAAGGAAAAACAAAUUGUGCUUAAAAUCCCAGUGUGGGUUUUAUUUCUUAAAAUACUGUGAUUUUUUUAAUUAUUUUAGUAAAAAAAAAAAACAAAAAAAAGAGAGAGAUACUUUAAUUCCUAGAUAACUGUUUGUGAAUUGUCAUCCUUUAUUCCAGGUAAGCUGUUUGUUAGUAUUCAGUUAUAAUUUUAGUAUUUGGUAGAUUUCAUGUGACUGAUUGUGCGGUUUUGUUUGCCACACGUUUUAUUUUCUAUCCGCCUGAGGUGUUACAAAUACAGCACAAUUAAGUUUCUCAUGUAAAAAUGAGUAUUUCUUUUUGAGUGGGGGUCAGGGAAAGGAGACUAGAUCUUGUGAAUAGAACCUUUUUUUUUUUUGUUGUUGUUGCUGUCGUCGUCGUUGUCCUCGUUAAUUUUAAACAUAUGGAGAUAACAAAGACGUUUUAACUUUAAAAAAAAAAAAAAACAAAAAAAAAA